UUUGCAGAAGGAUCCCUUAGUCGUCAGCCUAUUUCAAACUUAUUGAUCAACAUCAGUUUUGUGGCAAACCUUCUGUUUGUUUUGGCUUGUUAGCAGAGGUUCAAGUGAACUUUUUAACAUCGGUGAGGACCGCAACGAUGGAUGCUUUCAAGCAAAAAAAAGUUGAAGAUUUCUAUGAAAUUGGUGAAGAGUUGGGAAGUGGGCAGUUUGCUAUUGUCAAGCAAUGCAGAGAGAAAAGCACGGGACAGGAAUUUGCUGCCAAGUUCAUCAAGAAGCGUCAGAGCAUCGCCAGCUCUCGUGGCGUUCGACUGGAGGAGAUAGAGCGGGAGGUGCAGAUCCUGCAGCAGAUUCAGCAUCCCAACAUUGUCACCCUGCACGAUGUCUACGAGAACCGUACCGAUGUGGUUCUCAUCCUGGAGCUGGUCUCUGGGGGAGAGCUUUUUGAUUUCUUGGCCCAGAAAGAGUCUCUAAGUGAGGAAGAGGCAACCCAGUUCAUCAAACAAAUCCUGGAGGGGGUCAACUACCUCCACUCUAGGAAAAUAGCUCACUUUGAUCUGAAGCCGGAAAACAUAAUGCUGCUAGAUAAGAAUGCACCACUGCCAAGGAUUAAACUCAUUGACUUCGGUCUCGCCCACAAAAUUGAAGCUGGAGUGGAGUUUAAAAACAUCUUUGGAACGCCUGAGUUUGUUGCACCUGAAAUUGUCAACUAUGAGCCGCUGGGUUUGGAAGCAGACAUGUGGAGCAUCGGGGUCAUCACCUACAUCUUAUUAAGCGGUGCUUCUCCUUUUCUUGGUGAGACUAAACAGGACACACUCAAGAACAUUUCGGCCAUAAAUUACGAGUUUGAUGAGGAGUUCUUCUGCAACACCAGCGAGCUGGCCAAAAAUUUCAUCAGUCAGUUGCUGGAGCGAGAUAAAAAGAAAAGACUGACGAUUCAAGAUGCUCUUAAUCACCCAUGGAUCAAGUCUAAUGAGCACAAGGAGGAAAUUAAAGGUCAAGAGCUUAAGAAACGGGAGAAGCGCCAGCUUAAGACCAAGCGCUUGCGAGAGUACACUAUCAAGUCCCACUCAAGCAUGCCGCCUAACAACACCUAUGUCAACUUUGAGCGCUUCGCCCAGGUGGUGGAGGACAUUGAUCAAAUGGAACGCUCUUUUAUCACCCUGGCCGCGUCCCAUGAUUCUCUGCAGGAAGAUAUUGACGCCAUGGUCUCCAUAUAUAACGAAAAAGAGGCUUGGUACAAGGAGGAGAGUGAGGGAGUACGCCACGAGCUCUCACAAAUCCGCUACGAGUUCCGUAAGGUGGAGUCCCUGAAGAGGAGUCUGCACGACGACAUGCAGGCUUUUAGCGCCAGCCUCAGCGGCAUCAGCAGCCGCUACCAGGAACGGCAGAACCACUUUGAUGCACUCCACCUGGAACUCAGCAAUGAGUUGAAAUGGGUGCAGGAGGUUAUGGGUUCAUGUCCCAUGGAUGGAGGUGGUGGUUUCCCCAAUGGCACCUUCAGCACUGUUUUCAAUAAUGAAGUCAAUGAAGCCCUGAAAGAGUUACUGAACCAUUCCUGUGGAGGAGAGCUGCUGUCUGGGAUCAACCUAGACUUGACUGAAGCUGGACAGCGAAGAUAGACAUUAAGUCGAUAACGUGUAACUGUACAAUAUUCAGGUUAGAACUUGUGUGUGUUCUUAAUUGGAGUCAUUAUGUCUUUUCCAAUAGAGCGUGUUUCCUGGGCCGGGGUUAGGGUUGAUGAGUACUUUGAAUGUGUGUUCUUAAUUCAAAAGUCAUGCUUUCAGU